AUGGCCGAGGAACAGAAGCCCGUCGAGGUCCCCGCCGUUGAGGCACCGGCCGUUGAGCCCGUUGUCGCUGAGGCUACGCCUGCUGUCGAGGUCGUCGCUGAGACCCCUGCUGCCGCUGAGCCGGUUGUUGAGGCUGCUGCCGUUCCCGUCGAGGCUGCUGUUGAGGAGCCGGCUGCCGAGGCCGCUGCUGCCCCCGCCGAGGAGGUGAAGGAGGAGGUCAAGCCCAUCGAGGAGGGUGUCCUUGAGGCCAAGGGCACUAGCUUCCCCAAGAAAUUUCUCUACACCAAGAAGUUCUUCUGGUUCGGCAACGAUGCUCUGAGUGCAAAGGACCUGGCUGCAUACGUGAAGAGCGAAAAGGCAACGGAUGUUGCCCACCACGUCAUCUCGUGGGCUUCGGAGACCGGCAAGGGCCUUCUCCUCUACGGCGAGAAGCCGGGCGACAAGUCUACUGCUCACGGUGUGAUUCAGCUGGCCGAUGCCUCUGAGCCGACUGCCGAGGGUACCCACAAGUUCCAGCUCACCUCGAAGGGCCACAAGCACAUCUUCAAGGCUUCUUCCACUGCCGAGCGCGACAACUGGGUCAACCAGAUCAAGGCCAAGAUUACUGAGGCCAAGGAGCUCGCCGCUACCGUUGCUGAGAGCGAGGCCUACAAGAACACUCUUGCGUCUUUGAAGCCUGCGAAGAAAGAGACCCCCAAGGAGGCUCCCAAGGAAGAGAAGAAGGAGGAGGCUGCUGCCCCGGUCGAGGCUGAUGCUCCGGCUGAAACUGAGGCCGAGACCGCCGAGCCCGCUGCCGCUGUUGAGGAGGCUCCUAAGGAGGCCCCCAAGGAGGAGGAGAAGAAAGAGAAGAAGGAGGAGAAGGGACGCCGGUCUGCUUCGCGCAAGCGUGCUUCGAUCUUCGGCAACUUCAUUGGCAAGAAGGACGACAAGAAGGAGGUCACCGAGCCUGAGGUCGUCAAAGAGGACGAUGAAGAGGCUGUGGCUCCCGCCGAAGCUGUGGCCGAGGAGGCUGCCGCUGCCCCUGCUGCCGAGGCCCCUGUCGUCGAUGUCGAGGCCGCUGCUGAGGCCGCUGCUCCGGAGGUUAAGAGCCCGUCUGCCAAGCGGGCCAGCAUCUUCGGCAACCUUGGCUUCUCCAAGAAGAAGGUUGAGCAGGAUAAUGCCCCGGCCCCUCCCGCCAAGGAUGUUCCGGCCGAUGCUGCUGUUUCGGAGUCUGCUCCGGUGAUCCCGGCCGUCGAGACGUCGGAGCCGCUGUCGACUGACGUCAGCGCUCCCAUUGUUGAGUCCCCGGCCGAGGCUGCUGCUGAGGCUGCCCCCGUGUCCGACAGCGAGACCAAGAAGGAGGUGAAGAGCGACAAGCGUAAGUCGACUCUGCCGUUCAACUUUGGCAGCAAGAAGGACAAGUCCGACGAUGAGGGCGAGAAGAAGUCGUCGCCGUUCUCCAAGUUCCGCGCCACUGUCCGCCUGAACCGGAAGGAGAAGACGCCGGCCAAGGCUGAGGAGACGGUCGAGGAGGCGGCUGCACCUGCCGAAGUCGAGGCUGAGGCUGCUGCCGAGACUGAGGCCCCCGUCGAGGAGGCUGCUGCUGCCCCGGCUGAGGCCGCCGAGGCUGUCCCUGCCACCAUUGCUGAGGAGGCUGCGGAGAAGCCGUCUGUUGUCGCUGCCACUCCCCAGGUUGCUGCUACCGCUUAG